AUGUCGAGUGAGAACAGCACCGCGACGACCCCGGGGGAGAACGGGCCCUCGUCCGACCCGAACGAGCACGACUAUGCUUACUCCGUGGAGAGCGGCUCUGCUCCCGCAGAGGAGCCCUCCUUCUCCGGGACAUCAGCGGUUGACAGCGGAGUCACUGCGGGGGAAGGCUUCACUGCCCCGGCUGAGCAGGAGCAGAGCACCCCGGUGGAGCCCGCUGCCUCUCUGCCGGUAGAGCUGCCCGAGCCGGCCGUGGGGGCGGAGGUGGACUGUCCCGUGGGGAACUAUGUGGAAGCGACCUCUCUGAUGGCGCAGGCCGCCUCCUCUACCAAGCAGCGCGGCAGCCGCCGGCGGAUGGCCUGGCCGGAGGACAGCAGCUGCUCCUGCUGCAAGUCUGUGUUCGAGCGCCACGGCCGCAGCUUCAACCGCCGGGCGGUGCACACCUUCACCUCCCCGGACACCGUGCACUGGGCGUUCCCGGACACUGUGGUGCAAGACCGGUCCUUCCUCUGCGAGACGUGUGCCCAGGUCAUCCGGAGCAAAUGCAAACGCAAACAAGUCGGGAAGCGGUCAGUGUGGCUGAAACCACCGGACACCAAACAGCAGUCAGACGGCAGAGACAAGAAGAAGAAAGGCCGCAGGAUGGGGAAGAAGAGCAAAGCGGCGCAGCUGGUGAGCAAGUCCUGCUACAAGGCGGCUUUCAAAAUGCUCUGGUCGGCUAAAGGCGCCCGGAAGCCCAUGAUGGACUUCUGGUGUAAACAGCUGAAAGAGGAGAUGAAGUUACUGUCGCGGCAGACAGGCAGCCCCUUUCAUCACAAGGUGACGAGCAGGAAGCCGCUGUCCUCCUUCCCCUGGCGACGCUGUCUGAACUGGGCCCAGGAGAAAGCUCCACUGGUCACCACCUGCCUCCGCUCCCUGUUCCCGGACCUCAACGCCCUCGCCAAGAGCAGCCACCUGCUGUCGGAGGAGCAGGCGCAGACGCUUCUGGAGCGCCGGGCUGUGGUGGCGCUCUCCAUCCCACUGUUCACUCGGAACAUCUGGAAGAACAACUUCCUGCAGGCGGCUCUGGGGGCGGAGCUCCGUCUGCAGGGCUGCUCCGGCGCCGCGCUCGAUGCCCUCAACACCAUGGGACUGUGUCAAAACAAGGACACGGUCCGGCUACUGCUGCACCGGCUCCGGAACGGCAAGAAGACAUCAACACAAAAUGGACGACAAAGGACGAGGUUGAUGCAAGAACAGAUGAAAGGUGAACAGAUGUCAGAUGUGGAGGAAGACGAUAUCGAAGAGGAGGAAGAGGAGGAGGAUGAAGAAGAAGAGGAGGAGGAUGAUGAUGAUGAUGAUGAGGAGGAGGAAGAAGAAGAAGAAGUGGAAGAGGAGGCCGAACUAGAAUUGGCAGUGGAGCAGACAGAGGUACCAGAUGGUGUGCCACAGGAAGUGGAAGAGGGGGAGGAGGAGGAGGUGGCGGAUCAAGCAGCAGAGGAAAAAGAGGAGAAGAAGAGGAGGAGGAGGAAGAAGGCAAAGAAGCAGAGGAAGGAAGAGAAGAGGAAGGAGAGAGGCAAACGAAAGGCGAAGCAGAGAGAGGAGGCGGAUGAUGAUGAUGAGGAGGAUGAUGAGGAUGAUGAUGAGGAGUCGGAGCAGAAGAAGAGGAGGGUGGUGGUGGUGAGGCUCGGCCUGCUGAAGGGACAUUCAGAGGUUGGACGAUCCGACCUAUCAGCUCCCUAAGACUUUGUAGGCCCCACCCAUGAACUCAACAUGCCACACCCACAACCAGCACGAGAGGCUCCGCCCUCACCUCUAUUCAUUUUCUCAUUAAAUCGCUUUUUUAUUUCAUCGUUAAAUUUAACUCGACCAUAUUAAAAAACAUCUUCAUCCUCAAAAUUAUGAUUCAGGGUUUUGACUGUGGCCUGAACAACUCGAUAGAUUGAGUCUGAACCAACAACCAUCAACCGAGGACAAAUUAUAGUAAUAACAUAAUGGCUUUGGUUUAAAUAAAUUAUAGUUUUUAACAUUUGUAAACUCAGCCAAUCAAUAAUCUCUUUGUAUCAUUUCCUUGUAAAAGCAGUUUUUUUAUUUUCAAUAAUGUUUCCUGGUUGUGUUUUUCUUUGAUUCAAAUCCUCUGGUGGUGGAACACGGGUCCACUUGAAGAGUAAAGCCACCAGCCACUGAUGAGUCUGUAAAUGUUCAAAUAUCUGUUGGGAAGUGACCUUCCAGAUGUUUCUCCAGCUGCUGGGUGAUUCAAGUUAUGGGGAAGUAAAAACUGUUUUGUUUUCUAAUCCUUAUUCAGAUGGAUUUAUUUUUAUUACCUAUGAGAGCAGCUCUCACAGUUCAGAGUUUGAUUGAUGAAGGAGCAGAAACUGGUGGAUUCUGAACACUGGAAGCCUCAGACUGUUUGUGAUCACAAUCUGAAGUUGUGUGUUUCUUGUUUGAAAAGUUUCCUCAGCUGAGUCGAUGUACAGACGAGUUACAGACCUGGGAUUUCUACUUUUAUUUUUCUGUUUACUGUUCGUGAGCUGAACAGAUUCAAAGCUUCCGAACCAGUUUGAAUCCGGCUGUAAAUAAAGAUGGACGACAUGUCAGAUCCCCACGAGUCAAACCAAAGCGCCUGGAUCAGCGGCAGUACAGGUCAUAGACCCCCCUCUCCUCCAUGUUAGCGGAUGGGACACGGAUCAAACUAACAAGUCAAUGUACACGUUGAAUAAAAGUUUCUGAAAUGUG